AUGUCUGGGACUGGGAUUGGGAAUGAAUCAGUUUCAUCAAAUGCCAAUACAGGCACAUCCACAAGUGCAGCAAGCAGAAGCAAAAAUGCUCCAAGAAAUAGGACUGAUAUUGGGUGGAAGCAUGGGAUAAAUGUUUUAGGGAAUGGUAAAAAAGUUAAGUACAACUACUGCUCAAAGAUCAACAAUGGGGGAAUUUUCAUAUUUAAGCAUCAUCUUGUUGGGACUAGAUGGGAUUCUGAUCCUUGUGCUUCAGUGCUUGAAGAAGUUAAGAUGCUUAUGAUGAACAUUGUUGCAAAGGUUGCUAAUGCAUCAGAGAAGAGAAGAAAGUUGAACAGUAUUCAUGAAGAAGGUACUGAGGGAGUGGAAGUGGAGUCAAAUAGUAGUCAAAGUGGAAUACAACGGAAAUGGAUGCUUGCCUUCAAAGGAAGAGGAAAAUCAAAAUUUGUUCAGGCUAGUGGUGGUGAGGGAGUUCAAGCAACUUUAAAUCAGUUAUAUAAAAAAGGUGACAAAGAUAAAGUUGAUGAUCAAUGUGCUGAAUUUUGGUACACAAGUGCCAUUCCAUUCAAUGUUAUUAAAAAUCCAGCUUUUGCAAAAUUUUGUGACAUGGUUGGGAGAUAUGGGGUUGGCUAUAAACCUCCAUCAUAUCAUGAUAUCAGAGAGAAGCUUUUGAAAAGAGCAGUGGCCAAAACUGAUGUAAUGCUUCAAGAAUUUAGGGAUGAGUGGAAGAAAACUGGUUGCUCAAUUAUGUCUGAUGGGUGGACCGAUAAAAAAAGACGUUCAAUUUGUAAUUUUUUGGUGAACAGUCCAAAAGGGACUGUAUUUCUUUAUUCAUUGGAUACCUCAGACAUCUCAAAAACAACUGACAAAGUGUUGAAGAUGUUGGAUGAUGUAGUGGAUUUUGUUGGAGAGGAGAAUGUAGUGCAGGUGAUAACUGAUAAUGCUGCAAAUUACAAAGCAGCUGGAGAAUUAUUGAUGCAUAAACGAGAGAAUUUGUAUUGGACCUCAUGUGCUGCUCAUUGCAUUGAUUUAAUAUUUGAAGAUUUUGAGAAACAUUUCAAGGUUCAUCAGACUACUAUAACGAAGGGAAGAAGGAUCACCACCUACAUUUAUGGUAGAACAAUGUUGAUUAGCAUCAUGAAGAAGUUCACAAAUGGAAGAUACUUGAUUAGGCCUGGUAUGACUAGAUUUGCCACAGCUUAUUUAACUUUAGCUUGCCUUCAUGAAUUGAAAGCAUCAUUAAUGAGCAUGUUUAGCUCUGAAGAGUGGAAAACAAGCAAGUUUGGAACUUCACAAGAGGAAAGAAAAGUACAGAAUAUGGCUUUGGAUAGUCGAUUUUGGAAGAACGUAAUCAUGUGCCUCAAAGUUGCUGCCCCUCUUAUGGUGGUCCUUCGAUUGGUGGAUUCAGAUGUAAAACCCGCCAUGGGUUUCAUAUAUGAGGAGAUGGAAAAUGCAAAAGAGAAGAUAAAAUGCAACUUUAAUAACACCAAGAAAAAGCUUCACAGGCCUUUGCAUGCAGCUGCAUAUUAUCUUAAUCCUCACCUGCACUAUGAACCUACUUUCAGACAUGAUGACCCUCAGGUGAAAGAAGGGUUGCACAUGUGUAUGAGAAGAUUGGUCAAGGAUGUUGCAGAAAGGAAAAAAAUUAAUUUGCAACAUGUUGAGUUUCAUUUUGCUAGAGGGCUUUUCUCUAUGGAAGAGGCAAAGGAUAGUAGAAAAAUCAUGCAACUUGGAGAAUGGUGGGAGAUGUUUGGUGAUGGAACUCCAGAGUUGAGGAGAUUUGCUAUUCGUGUUUUGAGCUUGACUUGUAGCUCUUCUGGGUGUGACCGUAAUUGGAGCUCAUUUGAAAUGGUUCAUACAAUGAGAAGAAAUCGAUUACAACAAAAGAAAAUGAAUGACUUGGUUUAUGUCAUGUAUAACUUGAAGUUAAAAAGUAAACAAAAUAGAAAAAGUAUUGCUCUUCCAUUUGAUGAGAUUGAAUCUGACAAUGAAUGGAUAACUGAAGAGGGAUAUAAUGAUGAGGAUGAGCAACCUCAAGCUAAAGGUCAUGGUGACAAUGUUGAAUUAGUGGGAGAUGUUGGAGGAAGUUCAAAUGAUCCAGUUGUAGAUGCUUUUGAUAUAGAUAAAUUAAUUUUCUUGGAACCUAAUGAUAAUGAUAAACAGUCUGAGGAAGACCUUGAUGAUGAUGGAGAUGGUGAUGAAAGUGGUGAUAUUCAUGGAGAUGAUCCUAUUAGAGGAUUGGACAUGCUUCUUUGA